AUGGACAAAGGCAGGGAGGUCCUUUUGGGAACCACGGUGGUUACCGUAACACCCUCCAAACUGGAUCUAGCCAGCAAGCAUGUCUUGAUCACUGGCGCAGCAUGGGAAGAUGGAGUCGGUUAUGCCACAGCUAUGGCGUUUGCGCGCGCAGGAGCAACUGCAAUCGCACUAGCUGAUCUGCAUGGCGUAUCAGACGAGUUGUCCACAACGUUGAAGCAAGCCGCAACGCAAGCUGGACGCGCCGAGCCUAUCGUGGUAUGUUGCACGGUCGACAUAUCAAAACUAGACAGCGUCCAAGCCAUGCAUAAAACCGUGUCGCAGGCUUUUGAUGCGCGCUUUGACGUUGUAGUAAACAACGCAGCACAUAUGGAACCAUACGUGUCGUUCCUCGAAACAGACGCAGAUGUGUACUGGCGAAGCCACGAGGUCAACGUCCAGGGUCUGUUCAACAUGGCACGUGUCUUCCUCCCCUUACAACUCUCAACAUACACCACACACAACGGACUAUGCAUGAUGAUCAACGUAGCCUCCUCCGGCGCCCUAACCGCCCGUCCUGGAAGCGGGAGUUACCGCAGCUCAAAACUCGCUAUCUUGAGAUGGACAGAAACCUUACAGCUGGAGUACGGCGAUAAAGGCCUCCUGGCGUUUUGUGUCAACCCUGGUGCAAUCAAGACCAAGAUUACGGAGACGGCGCCUGAGGAAGUGAGAAAUAGGUUUCCGGAUCGACCUGAGGUUGCGGGUGAUACGAUUGCUUGGUUGGGUGCUGAGCGGAGGGAGUGGUUGGCGGGGAGGUAUGUGAGUUGUACUUGGGAUAUGGAGGAGCUGGUGAGCAAGAAGGAUGAGAUUGUGGGAGAAGAUAAGCUUAAGAUGAGAAUGGCCUUCUAAUUACAUCGAUUCAUUGGCCUUCCCGCUACAGAAAGCAGGCGCGGAGCUUCUGUGUCUUCCUCUCACGCUGGCAAAUGGGUUGCUCCGAAUUUUUUUGAUGGGCUGCCAGAUAUAUCAACGAAUACUGGUCUAGAUCAAGUAAAUUUCGAUUUAUUAGAUAGCUAGAAGCUAGUCCUACAACUUUACUGGGCUUUGCUUGCUCAUAGGCUUUCUUGAUGACGUGUGCAAUCAAUUUUGCCUCAAGAUCAAGCAUGGAUGUGAAGUUAUAUGAGGGUCCACUUCCACGUCCCAGGUGACCCAUGAGAGUAUGGAAUUUGGGCAUUGCUAUGCCGAA